GCCCUCGCCUUGAAAAUUUACUAUUCAGGAGGCGUUGUAGGUAAAUGAUAGACCCAUGCUCGCUCUAACUUCAUAACAGACAACAGACCGAAACAUGAACACGGUUGUUGGACGUGACAAAUAUUUCUUGACGUCUCCAUCAUAUAUCAAACGUCUUCAGUAAACUUCAAGAUGAAGAGCUCAGUUCCCUGUCAUGGCGUGGAGCGGGAUGUUGCAGAGUCCUUGCUUUUCAUGGCAAAUGUUUUACCGGACAGGGAAGAGAACAACAAGGGGAACCAAAUCCCUCCAGCCCCUCCGCUGAGAAAACAAAGCACUCUGGAACAGCUUUUGAAAGGGAAAAACCCAAGCAACUACAAUUUUGUAAUGGGAUCUGGUGCAGCUUUCCAAAGUCAAUCCGUUCCAGUCAUUGUUCCAAGACCAUCGCCAUCAUCAAAAUCAGCUACAGCGUCAGCGGCUUCACCUACCAAAUUAGAAGUAGAUGUUUCACCCAAGUCAGCAUCCUCAUCUACAUCAAAAUCAUCGUCCCAGAAAAUAUUUAGAGGACACAAAAGGAGAUUUGAAGAAAUGUGUGCUGAGAACAAUAUCACCUCAAUUUCAACAUUUUCUCGUCCAAAAUCUCCUCAUCGAGCGUCGUGUUCAGCAAGCACUUCUGUCUCUGGGGACAAAGCUCUUGACCUAUCCAUUUCACUCGCUGAGAAAGCUAGUUCCUUUACGUACAAUCAGGAAACAUUCCAACAUUAUUAUCCUUUGGAUCAAAUGCGACCGUUGACACCCACCACGCCAUUAUCCCACUUUGGUCAUUCCUGCUCCUGCGAGUCCUGCACCUUGGAUGCUCAUCGUCCACUCACACCGUACUUUGCAGACGAACUUCCACGAUGUCUCACUCCGCUUGAUCCUGGCUCUAGUCACGACGCUGGUCAGUCACCGUUGCAUUCCAGUUACUUGCAAGACGAUGACGAGCUCUCCAAUUCUCAGCCGCCCCCCAAGUUCUUCAUCCCGCCGCCGCCUUCUUUGCAAAGUGGAGAUCAAAAUUCUCAGAGCUGUACUUCUCCUUCAGACGGGCCCUCAUCUGGCAGUGACUCUCCUUCACAACCGGGUGGUUCUCAUCUUGAAUUUGCUCUCAAGUCAGAUUAUAUUUCUGUCAAUUCUCAAGAGAGCAGACGGAGCACAGAUUCAAAAUUUAUCUCUUUUAAAAACUAUGGUGACACUUUUGAUCAGGAAAAGGUCAGUGAAACCCACAAACCAGAACCACAGAAUGCUGCGCACCCUCCUGCUAAGGUUACCAUGACUAUGCCAUUACCUUUGCACCCAUCAGUUCAGAGUUCAUCACGGGACAAUUCAGUGAACUUACGUUGUGCACUUGAGUAUUCAAAUGACUCUACGCCUCUUCAUGGCAACUACUCUGACAGUGUUUCAGACGGAUGUUCCAACUGUUCCAACUGUUCUUGCACCCCUAGCAUCUCUUCAACUCCAGGUCUCUCCCCAUCGUCAACACCUGGACCAAACCACAGCACUAAAUAUCCCCUCUUCCACAGUCAGCAGAAACUCAGCACAGCUUCACCACCAAAUCUAGUCCAACAACCACAUACUCAAUUCGAAAAGAAAAACGCAUCAAGUGUGCCUGUUAUGAUUUUACCGUCGGAUAAGAUGACCGUUCCUCUCCUGCAAAUAUCCAACCGAGGAGCGGAUGCGGCGCCUCCUAUUGUUCAAGUCUUUGUCAUGAAUCAAGUAACUCAGCCCAGCUCUGCCAGCAGUAUAGGGUCUGCUUUAUCUACAUUCUCCAUGGUGGCAAAGUCUGCUAACUUUCAUCCCAUCGCCCCUGCACCAGUGUCUGUGGCCACUGGGGAGUCCAGAUCUGACGAUGUCUCGCUCAGUGACCUUCAUCGGCGGCGCUCACAUAAGUGUCACGUACCCGAUUGUGGGAAGACUUACUUCAAGAGUUCUCAUCUCAAAGCCCACAUCCGCACACAUACAGGAGAAAAGCCAUUUGUCUGUGACUGGGAAGGCUGCAACAGAAGUUUUGCCCGAUCAGAUGAGCGAUCACGUCAUCAUCGAACGCACACCGGAGAGAAACGAUUUAUUUGCGAUAUUUGCAAGCGGCGAUUCAUGCGCAGUGACCACUUGGCCAAGCAUCUUCGCCGCCACAACAAUGGCAAAAAAUCAUCAGCCUGGAUGUCAAAAAGCAACUGAUUUCAAAAUAGCUAAAGGUCAUAAAAUGAGCCCCCUUUUUAUAUUUCACUGUUAUGAUAUUUUGUUUUUAUAAUAUUGAAUACAUUUUGUGGAUGUAUGCUAGUCCUUUUUCAUCAGAAUUUGUAGCAUCUUGUGGUUCACAGCAGCGAUCGCAAUAUUUAAGGGUUUUUCUAUUUUAGUUCAAAUUGAUCUUGGUAGUUAUGGUGCUGGUAGUUUGUUUUGCUUUUUUAAAUGAAAAUCUGAAGUACUAGUAGUGGUUAUCAAUUCUCAUUUUCUUGCCGUGUAGUGGACAUGAUAAAGGAUUCACUUGAAGGCUUUCCUGUUCAGGCCUAGAUUUUUCUGUUCACAUGAUGGAAAAUUGUCUGUGUGCGUAUGCCAAUAUAGUUAGGCCCCUACUCUUAAAUUGCCAAACUGGUUAUAAUUAUUCCCAAAUGGCCGCUGGAUCGGAAAAGUAAAGUAAAGUAAGUACAAUAAUUCAUAUGUCUAUUUCAAAAUUAAUUCUUGUGAAGGGUCUUUUUUAUGUUUAUAUAUUUUCUAAGCGUAUUAGAAGUUGAUUUAAUCAUUCCAAAAGAAUGGUUGCAGUCACUUGUUUUGUUAACAAUUUUUUCUUGACAAAUGUCCAUUCUCAUAGUAAUGGUGUAGGGGAAGGGUUUCAUUAAUUAAUUUUUAAAAUUUUUAGUUUUGUGUAGUGGCUCGCUGCUUUUUUACUCCAUUAUUCAGUCCUUAUUUGGCUUCUACCUGCUUACCCAGACCUGAAAGUUAACGGAUUCAGAUUAUAAAUGUACUGUAAAUUCCAAUAAUGAAAAAGUCCUGGUAUGAGUAUGAUCUGGAUGGUGCAACACACACAAUGCAAUGCCCUCAUCACGAGAAGAUCUUUUCAUUUUAAUUUUUUGAUACUCGUGUAUAUAUAUAUAUCACCUUAUUUAUUAUUCCUCACCUCAUGUGCUUCAGUAUUAUUCAUGUGUACAGCGACUAGUCUUCUCUGUAGUGUUGCUAUGUUGUUCAUCUCUGUUCUCUCUUCAAGACUGGUGGUUUAAGUUUAUGAUGUGCGAGAAGCAAACCCUGGUGACUUUGUCGAAAACACUCGUGACUUUGUCGACCUGUUUGGGGUAGUGUCAUGUUUCUUACAACCAAACAAUGUAAUGUGCUAGAGAGCAUUUAAAUGUCUUUUUUCUGAUGUACACACUCAAACUUUAAAUGCACACAUCUGUACUUACUUGAUUUUUUUAAAAAAAUUUUAAGUUACAUUACAACAACCAAAGUUUUAAGUUUAAAGUAAACCAUUUAAAGGUGUUAUUUUGUUUCGUUUAAUUUUUCUGCCUUUUUUCAUGGAAAAAAAUUAAAUUUUGAAAAUUGUCUGCAAAGACGAAAAUGUUAAAAGUUUGUUAUAUUAACCAACUUUUGGUUGGUGAUUGCUCAUGUAGAUUUGUUUUGAUCAGAUCAGUUGUAUGCUUGUUUUUGCCAGCUCGGGGAUUGAAUUUCUGCAAGUGCAAGUCAGCAUUUUGUGUCUGAAAUAUUUUGAUCAUGAAUAGAAAGAUUGAUAGAGAAGUUGUCCAAAUCAAAUCCUGUUUAAGUUAAAGAACUUAGUGUGCAUCAUCUGAAGAAGCGUAUUGCUAGGACCUUUUUUAAAAGAAUGAAUAAAUUGUUAAAUGAUAGUCAUCUGUUUUCUUAAUUUAUGUAGUUUUUUUUCAUAUUUCAAACUACGAAUAAAAGAAUGUAGCAGAACACUUAUUUGCCUGUAUUUAAAGGGGGCUGUCAGUCAUUUAUCUAACAAUGUAGAUAUUACGGUGAACCUUGCAACCACUGAUAGCUCUUGGGAACAGAAAAAUUGUAUGUCUUGAUUGGGGGGGAGGGGUUAGGUCCUUUAGAUUUUGGGUUUCUGUGAUAAGAGGACUUGAUGAACAGACACUGUCUGUUGAUGCUUGAUUUGUGCAAUAUAUUACAUGUCUUACCUAUUGUGAUUUUUAGUCCUUUUUUUUUCCUCCAUUCUUUUAGAUAGACAUUUGUAGUCAUAAAUUAUGCACUCAAUCUAGGGAGGCAUUAUUGUACACUGAGUUGUUGUUUUUUCAAGUAAAAUAACUUUUAAGGCUUACUGCACAUUUUAUUUUCUUUAGACUUGGUCUGUGUUUUUAAGAUUCUGACAAUAUAUGGUAUAUUAUGGUAGUAUUCAUAGUAUAAUAUAAAAAAAAAUAAUUGAAUGUCAACAUGCCUUCAAUGAACAUCUUUCAAGAUGCAGUGAAUCAGGACUUGCUUUUCCUCUGCCCUGGAAUUUGCUUUUUUAAAUAUUUUUUUAAAAUUAAAAAUAAUAAGAUAGUGGCAUGAAUGUGAGUGUCAGUACUAUUUGGAAAUCAAUCUGCAUAGAACUGCCUAGACAUUAUGCAACAAACAAAACUUAUUUAUUGCGAAGAGGGAGCUGUGAAUGUAUGAUAUUUGUUCAGGAAAGUGAUACAGUGACCUGAUCGUCUUAUAAAUUGUCUGUAAAUGGGAUCAGAAAGUGUGUAAGUCUUACUUGUUGUGUAGCCGGGUGAGGACUCUGUGCCGAGACUGAAUGUGUCGCUGAUUGUGUUUGGGUGAAAGUGUGUGCCGAGACUGAAUGUGUCGCUGAUUGUGUUUGGGUGAAAGUGUGUGCCGAGACUGAAUGUGUCGCUGAUUGUGUUUGGGUGAAAGUGUGUGCCGAGACUGAAUGUGUCGCUGAUUGUGUUUGGGUGAAAGUGGUCAAUGAAAUGUUCUUCCUCCCACUGGCUUGCCUUCACACGCUGCACACCACUUUGUCCACUCCAGAGGAGUCCCGUGGGAGUGGGUGGUUGGCGGGUGCUCUGCUGUGGUUUACUCCUUCUUUCCUUUAAAAAAUCUAUCCUCUCUAUCUCCCCUCCUUCCUGUUUGUAUUUGUUACUCUCUUGUAACACCUUUAAUCUUCGGCACUUAUGUGACCUAAAUGUGUUGCAACUGCCGUAAAACUCUUAUGAAAACUAAAGAGUUGUGUGUGGAGAGUUGUGUGUUCAAUACACAUAAUAUUUAUGUGUUUACUUGGGUCAUGAUUGUUGUAAUUGAAUUUUAUGGUGCUGAAGACCCUGUCAUGUAUACACGUAUACGUGUAUUAGGCUAUAUUUACUUCUAUGAUAACUUAAUUCAAAAUCCAAAUGUUGCACUGAUUGUUUAAUUUAUUUAUUGGAAACAGUUCAGCCACAGCAAAUUUAGAUUUCCAAUGGGGCUGUUGCUUCAAGGGUACUAGUAUUAUUAGUAUACCUAUUUUCAAUUUUUGAUAAUUUUAGAAUAUUUUUUUAAAAAACACUACUACUAGAUUUGUGGUGGUUAACAUGGUGGAGUAACACUAACAUGUUAUAAGGUUAUAAUUUUAUUCUGGUGAUUUUAUGUAGUUUUGUAUCUGUACGCAGGGGGUAGUGGGUGGUAAAGAUUAUCUUCUGUAGGAUAUAAUGAUUUGCGCAUAAAGAGGGUUCUUUGUAGGUCAAUCAAAUGAUCAAAUUUUUAUGUAGCUAUCCCAUGAUUGCGGGAUUGAUGCACAUAAUUAAAUUAUUAUAUAUAUACUUAUUUAUUACAGUUUUUUACUGUUUGCAUUAAAUAAAAAAUAUGUUCUUGACGAA